AUGUCGCAUCUCUCACUCUAUUUCACGCGAGGCACGCCUCGGAGUACAACUCCAUCCUUCACCUUGGACUUUUCGAAAGAGCCCUACCUUGAGUCUCUGGCGGAGCGACUUUACAGACAAUAUACCUAUGCUCAUGCGGAAUCAUCUAAUGGGCUGCAGUCAGACCAUGCGGUUAGCUUCGUGACGCAUGGCCAUACCACAUUUGAGCAGACCGGCUUGGGAUGGGUUCCUCAAAGUGAGGUGGCGGAAGAGCACUCUCUUAUAACGCCGACUUUUACGAAACCCAAACCAACUAACAUUGCCUUGGCAAAUGGCCUCACUUCUCCGUCUGCUCCUCCUGUUCCUCCUGCUCCUCCUGCUCGUCUCGCUCCUCGUCCUCCUCCUACCCCUCCUGCUUCUACUCAGGAAUCCCCUACUCCUGUGAAUGGCACCGUCCCAGCUCGGGAAACCCUAACUCUAGGGGAUACCAUCGGACCUCCUAAAAAGACUCCUGCUCCAGUACCCACCCGAGUCGCACCUCAAAUCGCCCCUCCUAUCUCUCGUGAAAAAUCUUCCAAGACUUCAGCUUCGACCUCUACUCGACAAGGGGACCUGCGAAGGAGUGUUGCACUAUUGAACGCAAAUAGAAGUCAAACUCAAAAGACAGGGCUAGUGACUCAAGUCACUAAACAAGCGUCAAAUAAAGCCACUGAACCGACCCUGCUACAGCUUCCAGACUCCCAACCAUCCAUGUCCUCAUCUGAGUACAGACCUUCUUCCCCGUCCUCUCAAUCUUCGAGGUCGCCGACUCCAAGGCCUCCUACUCAGCCCCUAUCCCCAUCUAGACGGCGAUCCACUCGGUCUCGCGUAGAACCUGUGACCUAUAAUCUCAAGACGCUCUCUAGACGCCAAGCGGGCUCACAUGAUUCUCCACAUCAGUCUGAGAGAGAGGAUACCCCUGCCGUGUCUGAGUCUCCACCACCACCAGCAUCUCCACGUUCGUCCACGCAGCAACGUCAGCUCUCGCCAGGACGUUCAUCAUUACAGGACUUUCCUGUUGAGAUCCAGAUCGAGGAUGAACCGCGGCGAAAAGCCAAUAUCUCGAAACUUUUGUGGACUCGAGAAUUACGAGGCGCUAGACCCAGUCAUGACCUUCUGCGUGCGACAGUGAGCUCAAACCUGAAGCUCUGGAAGACGUGGAAGGGCGCUUCAAAUGAUGUGAGCACCCUAGCGUGGUCACCGGACGGGACGAAAUUUGCUACUGGGGCUACUGCGCAGUCUGAUGAGUAUAACCGUAGCAAUAACUUGCUGUUUGGUGAUCUCGCACGGAAUUACUUGUAUGAGCUACCUGAUCACCAUAUCCGCCGGGAAUCAAAUACAGCCACGGCAGACGAGCGUCUUUUCCCAACCGUCUCUGCAAUCGAAUGGGUCAAUCGGCAGCUCUAUACCGCAAGCUUUGACCAUACAGUGAAGAUAUGGAACACUGAUACACUCCUUUUCCCCGAUACCCCUACUUGCGUCAGAACACUACGGCAUGAUUCCAACGUACAAGUCAUGUCCGUAUCGCCAUUGAUGCCUCAUCUCGUGGCCACUGGAACGACGCGUUCGUUCAGCCUGUGGAAUCUCCUCGACAAAACUCCGACUGCCAAGCCUCUGGAAAUUCAACGUGAUCCUCGUCAGAAAGCAAACAUUGUCCUUGAGCCGACGACCUUGGCUUGGGGACAGAAUGAGGCGACGAAAAACUACCUCGUCGGGGGGAUGGGUGAAUAUAUCAAAGAUCAAUACAGGGUCCCACUCUGUGGCCAUCUCGGCAUGUGGAGAGUGACCGAAUCGUCCAUUGAGCGACGCAAGCUCAGUCCAGAUUCACAAAACAUCUUCGAUGUCAAAUGGCAUCCCUCCAUGCGGAGGUUCGCGAUAGGAAGUACCUACAGCCAGUCGAUGAACCUUCCCCUGCGAUCCAAAUCGGUGGUUCAACUCUAUGACAUUGAGUCUGGCGGUAAGGUUGUCGUCACUGGCAAGUGCGCUUGCUCGGCGGUGGACAUGAACGAAGUGACUUUCUGUCCAAUGGGCUCCACCUACAUCACUGCAAGCUGCACGGACGGAAGCACCUAUGUCUGGGACUCUCGUAAAGAUUCGAGACCUGUUCAUAAGCUUUUGCAUGGCAAAUCGCUCAACUCUCUCAAUCCGCAAUAUUCUCGAGAAUACACUGAUUUCGGUGUGCGGGUGGCGCUAUGGGGCACAACGAUCGAUCAGUUCUACACGGGUGGCUCCGAUGGGUAUCUUAAACAAUGGGAUAUACGUCGAUCAACGCAAGAUGCACUAGUCGCGAACACUGUGCGCCUCAAUGACGGCAUCACAAGUGGGGCGUUCUCUGCAGAUAAGUCACAGCUCCUUCUUGGAGACUAUAGCGGUGGUGUGCAUGUUUUAUCUUGUGAGCACACGGAAGACGAAGUCGUUAACUUCGACUUCAAGUAUGCUCCGGAACCCUCAGCUAUCGAAGUACUCGGGGUACCUAUCGCUGAAGAGCUUGUUGCCUCGGGCAAGUUAAGUUUGGAUCCGAUCUUUGGCCCAGUUCAGGGACCUAAGUAUGAUGGUCCCUAUGCGGCUUGGGCUCGAGGUCUUCCUAAGACGGUAGCUCUGGAUAAGCUCAAGCGGACCCCGUUGUUAAGCGAGUACCAACUGCGGCAGUUUGCUGGACCACCCGUCAAUGACCGGCUUGGAUUAGAUCUGGGGUUACGCCGAGAACUCCAAUGUCAAUUCAACCUUGCCCGUGCCUGUAAUAUGCGCCGUUGGAGAUCCGGGGCUAUCAGUCAAUCAAAUGGAGGGGAUGACUCGCGGAAAAGAAAAUGGGAUAGCCGGAUCGACUUUGGCGGCAUUGACAAGGGUGGCCACGCUUCUAGUCCGGCUCGGAAAAAGAAGAAGAAAAAGGACAAGCUGAAAAAGCUUAGGAAGAAUUCUCACGUUAUCACGAGGAUCGAGGAAACGAUCAUCGAUCUGACGAUGGAUUCUGAUACCGAGCAGGUUUCUACGAGUUCUGUGGCUACUCCUGCGACCAUGUCCGUGGCCGCGGCUACUGGUGACUCGACGAUGGACACCGACUGUGAGAUACUAGGGCCGCCAAUGUUUCGUCGGCUGUCUCUUUCGCAUUCUCCCAUUCCAAAGGUCUUGGACGAAGAAUCGGAUGAGGAUUAUUGGUGGCCCGAUAGCGGUCAUGUCGAUGCGAACCUGAAAGCCGAUGGCCUCUGA